CCUGCUGAUUUCGGGACCACGAAAAUUAACUCGCUGGCCCAUCUACGUUCUGGGACCGGCGGGGAACUGCACACCGCUAAACUACAACCAGCGAAGGAGAAGGAGCCGCUGGAGCAGCUGUACGAGGUGGGCCCGCUGCUGGGGAGCGGCGGCUUCGGCUCGGUUUACUCCGGUAUCCGCCUCUCCGACAGCACACGGGUGGCCAUCAAGCACGUGGCACGGGAGCGCAUCUCCGAGUGGGGCGAGCUGCCCUGUGGCACCCGUGUGCCGAUGGAGAUCGUGCUGCUGACCACGGUGGGCUCCGGCUGCAGCAACGUCAUCCAGCUGCUGGAAUGGUUUGAGCUGCCAGACAGCCUCGUGCUGCACUGCCACAGCUGCGGGGUCCUGCACCGUGACAUCAAGGAUGAGAACAUCAUCCUCGACCUCGCCACCGGUGAGCUCAAGCUCUUCGACUUCGGCUGCGGCACCUUCCUCAAGGACACGGUCUACACCCAGUUUGACGGUGAGCCCACACCUGGGGGGAUGCUCCCGGUACCGGGCAUUGCACGGCCCAGCCUGGCUGGGCACCGGCUGUUCCCCCGUUUGCUGGGCGGGGGUGUGUGUGUGUGUAAUUAAUUAUUUUGUUUGUUUGUUUUUGUUUUGGUUCUCCUUUGGUGGCACCCAACCAUCUUCCUGAGCUUCUGAUUUCGGGACGACGAGAGGAUCGGAGACCUCACCACGAGAAGAGCUUCAACGGGGGGGAAAAGUGACUGUGGGGGGAGGGCAGGUACAGAAAUGGUUUUUUUUUUUAUGCUGUUGUCAAUAAAACCAAACCACUUGAUGUGA